AUGUUCGAGGACGACAUCUAUCGGACCUCAUCACAGUAUAAACUUUGGUCUUUCACAGAGGCCUCCUUACGGUCGCUAAGGGAGAACACAAAUGCUGUUGCUAGCCAACGAGUCCGAGCGGCUCUGCGGAGAGCACGGGAGGCGCGACAGUCAGCCAACCCGUCGGCUGCGGGGACUGCUACAGCAGGAACUACUGCAGAUGGCAAGGGAGCGGACGAAAAUGACAUUGACUGUUUGACACCAGAAGAAGAGACGGAAUUAGUGAGGUUUUAUUGUGAAAAGGCCGUAGAGCUGGCGGACACAUAUAAGCCACCGUUGCCGACAACAGUGCGGGCCACUGCGAUUCAGUACAUCCGUCGAUUCUACCUCAGCAACUCGCCAAUGACCUACUCGCCUAAAACAAUCAUGCCCUGCGCUCUCUUCCUUGCAACCAAGACCGACAAUUUCUACAUGUCCUUGCGCCAGUUCGCCGAAAAAGUCCCAGGAGACACAACGGCAGAAGACAUCAUUGCUCCCGAGUUCCUCAUCAUGCAAAGUCUCCGCUUCACCUUCGACGUCCGCCACCCCUUCCGCGGCCUUGAAGGCGGCGUCAUGGAACUCCAAGCCAUGGCCGAAGGCCUAGGCCAACCCGCACCUCACCUCCCUCACCAGACCUCAGAAGACCUACGCCGCGGACUCCUCGCCGUCCCACCCCCACCAAACGCUCCCCAGUCCUCCUCAAUCACAGACCGCAUCGCCCGCGCGCACACCACCACCCGCGAACUCCUCAAAACCGCCGCCCAAAUGACCGACGCCUACUUCCUAUACACACCCUCACAGAUCUGGCUAGCAGCGUUCAUGCUCGCCGAUCGCCCCCUGGCCGAAUACUACCUCGACACAAAACUUGGCGGGCCAACCGCUGAGAGUGCCAAUGCACAAGCAGGGAACCCACUCUACGAGCUCCGCGUGAAACUCCUCCGCACACUCAAUCAGUGCGCUGCCCUCCUGCAAUCAUACAAACCCCUCAACUCUGACCCCGAGCAAAUGAAGAACCUCAAACGCAUCGGGAAGAAGUUCUACUACUGCCAGAACCCGGAGAAGAUCUCCCUGGCUGGACAGAAGCGGAUUCCUGCUGCUGCUGCCGCCGCCGCCGCGUCGGCAGGCGAGGGCGCCACAUCGGAAAGUGAAGUCGAGCGGCAGGCGAAGAAGCGGAAGCUGGAACGGGAGCAAAGAGAUCGGGAGGCGAGAGAUAUCUUUGGCGGGGAGCUGGUGGCGCAACGGGUCAAGGAGGGCCAGGUUGGCCAGCAGCAACAUCCGUCGUAG